CUCCAUGCCAGCAGAGAACAGAGGCUGGGCAAAAAACCGUAUAUAAGCAGGAAUCAACAGUCCUCACACACAGCGGGAAUCAACAAUCCUUUGGAACUCCAGCUCACAGAACUAGACCUGAACAGGCCAGCAAAAAACUCCUGUCCAACCAUGAACAGCAAACUCGUAGCUGUCCUGGCUCUUUUCCUGAUCUCAGCAGCUGUGUCUCAAGGCAGGACUCUGGCAAGGAUGGGAACCGAGCUGCGGUGCCAGUGCAUAGCCACUCAUUCCAGGUUCAUUCCCCCGAAAUCCAUUCAAGACGUGAAGCUGACACAGAGCGGCCCCCACUGCAAGAACGUUGAAGUCAUAGCUACUCUGAAGGAUGGCAGAGAGGUGUGCUUGGAGCCCACUGCUCCUUGGGUACAGCUGAUUGUAAAGGCAAUUUUGGCCAGGGCUCAACAAAAUUCUGACUCUCCUCUCUAAGAAGCACCAGGACAGAAAAAAUCUGGGAACUGCUUCAGCUCCUCUGCCAAGAGAAAUGUUUGGGGAAAGCAUCAUUCAAGAAAUGCACCAUCUUCCACAUCCCGCAUUAGUAUUAUGAUGUUAAUUAUUGAUGGGUUUUUUUAUUUAUUUAUCUAUUUAUUUAACUGUGUGUAUUUAAGGAAGUCUUUUGCUAUGGUCAGUGUUGUCCGUGGGACAUGCUGCCCACUGUGUGACACUGAAGGAAAAGUGGUUUGCUGAAGGAGAUGGAGAACCCUUGGCAGCCACUUUAGCCAAAUAUAUGCAGUGAGGUGCAAUGCACCUGCAGCACAGCUUAUUCACACUAAGCCUGAUAAUUUUGCUAUUUCACCAGCAAACCGAUGAAUCCUCCUGCUCCCCUGGAGCGCGCCAGUAUGUUGUGUCAACAACAGCUUCCUGCACCACAGUCAGCCUGUGGCCAGACUGUGGACUGUGAACUGUGAUGUCUCACUUGAAAAACCUAACCCACAGAAUGUGUAACACUCUAUUUAGUAUUUAUGUAUUGUGAUUUCCAUAGUAUUUAUAAAUGUAUUUAUUGAGCAGUUGCUAUGUAAGAAAGCAAAGAGUUAUAACUUAUUUAAUUUCUACCGGAUUUUUUGUUCCUGCUAUCCGUUUCUGGAGAAAUAUUCACAAUCUCAUUACUCUGUACUUGAUUGUAUGUCUACUUAACAACUCCAUCAGCUAAUGGAAAAAACAGCAUUUUACAUACCUAGAGUUUGAUUAUGAGAGUGUAAU